AUGAUACAGGCAAGACAAGAAUGCUUAUUGAACGAAGAAAAGGAUGUUAUCAAUCGAGGCGUGGAUAAUGCUAAUAAAUUACUGGCUUGGUACAAUGAUCGCUUGAAAUCACUCGAAAAACGAUCGGAAUUAUUGAAGAAAGGGAUGGUGCUGCUGAAUCCUGCUGUGCAAGAGCAAAAAUUUGAUUACCUUCGAGCACAUAUCUCUGAAUUAAACAGGAGGAUAACUUCACUGAUUAAAACGAGUGAGUACGGUUUUCCAACACAUACAAACUUACAGAUGCGCGCACAAAUGCCACCUGUAAACGAUAAUCGAAGUAACUAUCUGCAAAAGCAAAACAAAGUGCUCUCGCAAGAAUUAAUAGACAAAGAAAAAAUUAUCGAUCAGCUUCUUAAGGGAAAAAGUGGAAUGUUGGACAAUAAAAUCGAAAAGCCAAAAUCGCAGACAAACGGAAAUAUAUGUGUAAGAACAGCUCGAGUGCGUCCUGUUUUCCAGAAAAUCGCUUCACAAACCGUUCCUAAUUCUCCGUCAGUACGAAUGCAAGGAACGUUAAUGUAG